CGCAAAGGCUGAAUUCCAGAGUUGUUGAAGACGCCAGCAUCCCAAUUUUACGCAUUAUACACAACCACACAAGAGCAAGGACAGACGGGCCUUGUCGGGCAUUGCUACUAAAUUCCAGCCCAAACACACAAUUACUACUACUUUACUCACCCAAGAUUCUCUUGCCAUGAGGGUCAUUCUCGCCAUCAACGCUGGCUCCAGUUCCGUCAAAAUCUCAGUCUAUCUGGCCGACAAGGAAACAGCGCCGCGCCAGAUUGCUGAGGCUCAAGUGAACGGUCUUACGGCUCCGCCAGCUCAGCUGAAAUAUUCGCGAGGUGGCGAGACCAUUAUCAAAGACCAAAACGUGGACACUGCCGUCAACAGCCAAGAUGAUGCUUUUGCCUUGCUGCUCCAGACGCUGGUGGAUGACGCUGAAUUGAAAGACAUCAGCUCGAAAUCGGACGUGGCCAUUGCUUGCCACCGCAUUGUCCACGGCGGCGAUUACGGCGAAUCCCAAGUCAUUACCCUAGACACAUACCACCAUCUAGAAGCCCUCAGCGACCUUGCUCCCCUGCACAACGGCGCCGCGCUGACCAUUGUCGACUCGUGCAUGAAGCAGCUCCCCGAUGCCAUUAACGUUGCCUGCUUUGAUUCGCAGUUUCACUCUACCAUACCACCACACAUUUCUACGUACCCAAUCGACCCAACAAUAGCCAAGAAGAACCGGCUGCGCAAGUAUGGCUUCCACGGCAUCAGCUACGCCUUCAUUUCGAGGUCUGUGGCCAACUUCCUCGGCAAGAAGCCCGAUCAACUCAACAUUAUUGCUCUGCAUCUCGGCAGCGGCGCCAGUGCUUGUGCAAUUAAGCAUGGCAAGAGCUGGGACACGAGCAUGGGACUGACUCCGUUGGCCGGACUUCCUGGCGCGACCCGUAGUGGAAGCGUCGAUCCUAGUUUGGUCUUCCACUACGCCAGCGACGUAGGCAAGCUUUCUCCAGCCUCAACAGAGCAUCUCCACAUCUCCACGGCUGAAGAGAUCCUCAACAAGGCGAGCGGUUGGAAGUCUAUGACCGGCACUACCAAUUUCGGCAUCAUUGCCGCCUCAGAUGAACCCCAGCAUCGCCUAGCUUUCGACUUAUUUGUGGACCGCAUCUGCGGUUUCGUUGGGAGCUACUAUGUCUCGCUUAAGGGCGAGGUGGACGCAAUCGUGUUUGCUGGAGGAAUCGGCGAGAGAAGCGCCCGUCUUCGCAGCGCCGUGAUUGAGCAAGCUGGGUGCCUGGGCUUUGCCAUUGACGAGGCGCUCAACAAUGCCGAGGCUGCCGGUGCUGCAACAGUUCGAGAUUUAAGCAGCAAGGACUCGAAGCAUAGCGUCCUCGUGUGUCAAACAGAUGAACAGUUUGAGAUGGCUAGAGCAUGCACGGAGAUGGAAGCACUUUGGGCGUAAGAGAGGGGGGAACAGGCGCAGUUAUUAGAUGGUAGAUGUGCGUAGAAAUAUACAUUGUAAAUUCUGACGGCUUU